AUGCUAUUACAUCCUGCUGGGUUGUUUCUUGUUGUCAUUGCCAGAGCCCAGCAAGACAGUGCUCACGCACCAGCUAUCUUUGGCGAUUCCUUGGUGGAUGUUGGAAAUAACAACUAUAUUCCCUCCACAGCGCUAGCAAACUACACGCCUUAUGGGAUUGAUUUUGGUUUUCCUACCGGUCGCUUCUGCAAUGGCUUCACUGUCGUCGAUUAUGGCGCACGCUUACUGGGGCUACCACUCAUACCACCAUGUUUGAGUCCAACGUCGAAAGGAGCAAAUAUUACCAAAGGACUAAACUAUGCAUCUAAAGCUGCUGGCAUCCUCGAUGAAACUGGCAAGAAUUAUGGGGCAAGAAUAUCGAUGAAUGAACAGAUACGGUUGUUCGAGAACACUGUGAAGGAGGACUUACCACCUCUGUUCGAAAGCCCCAAGGCCCUCCAUAGUUAUCUAGAAAAAUCCAUCGGAAGCAAUGACUACAUCAAUAAUUAUCUUAUGCCCCAUAUCUAUACAAGUAGCAGGAUCUACAAUGCUGAAGCAUCUGCUGAUCACCUCAUUCGGAAUUUUUCUCAACAAUUAAUUAAACUGUACAACUUGGGGGCCAGGAAGAUGGUGUUGACUGAAAUUGGGACGCUUGGAUGCAUACCCAAUCAGCUAUCCAUGGCAAACGCUGACAACGGUUGCGUGGAGAGGGUCAACAACCUGGGCAUUUUGUUCAACGAUCGUCUCGCCCAGCUCACCAAAACACUCAAUUCCACCCUCCCUGGUUCAUUUUUCGUCUAUCAGAGCGUAUACCAAACCUUCUAUGAUAUGGUGAUCCACCCUUCUAACUACGGGUUCUUUGUGGCAAACGCUGCUUGUUGUGGGAACGGGAGGUAUGGAGGAGAGGUGACCUGCCUCCCCUCACAAAUCCCUUGCUCCGACAGAAGCCAAUAUCUGUUCUGGGAUGCGUUCCAUCCAACCCAAGCUGUCAAUGACAUUAUAGCGAACAGGUGCUAUAGUCAGAACGCUACCGACUGUUCCCCUAUCAGCAUCUAUCAGCUUGCUCAGAUAUAG